AUGCUUGUAUUAGGUCUGAGGGUACCAUAAGUCCCUGCAUGCCAGUCCUAUAGCCAUUUACUCCUUAGCUAUACUGCUGAACAGUCAACAUGACGAGUACUCCAGAAAGCGAGAGAAUUUUGUUUGGAGCCGACUACAAAACCCACUUCGAUCCCAAAGUGUACUUGGACAACUAUCACACUGAUGCCAAUGCUUUCUAUUCCAAGCUGUUAGAUAUGGUACAUGAGCUUGUAGCUGGAGCACAAAUUCCGAGCGGAAGUAGAAUACUCGACAUCGGGUGCGGCCCGAGCGUUUAUGCCGUCAUUUCCGCCGGGAGUCAAUGUUCCGAAAUCGUCUUCUCGGAUUACACUCCGAAAAAUCUCGAUGAGGUUAAAAAAUGGGCGAAUAACGACCCGGAUGCUCAUGAUUGGAGACAAUAUUUUCAAUAUGUAUGUCAAUUGGAGGGAAGGCGUGACGAAUGGAAAACGCGACAAGACCACAUCCGCCAAGCGACCAAACACGUCGUACCAUGUGACGUCCAUCAGGAGAACCCAUUGGCUCCCUUUGUCUUCGAGCCCUUUGACGUCAUUGUCUCCAGCUUGUGUUUGGAAACCGCAUGCCUUGAUGAAGCUUCAUACAUAAGUGCCGUAAAACAUGUGGCUUCACUGCUAAAACCGGGUGGACAAUUAUUCCUUGACGGGGUUCGUGGCCAAACAUUCUAUACCGUUGGAAACAACAAGUAUAACACAUUCCCACUCACGAGCAAGAUUAUUGAAAAAACCUUUGCCGAAGCAGGACUGACCAAUAUACGUUGGUGCAGUGAUGAUCAAGGUACGGUCGAUACAUAUGAUAUCGAAGGGCUUCCUGCCAAUUUCGGUGGAUUGUUCGCCGUUUGUGCCACGCGAAUCACUGCCUGAUUUGCCUCCCGGCGCCUCGAAGAUAUUGCUGACCGGAAAAACCUACGCGGCCAUGCAACAAAUGAAAUGAAAUAAUCCGACCUUUUUUUCUUGGGAUGAUGUAGGCUAUUUCAAUCAUUUCUUUCCCUGUUAUGUAUCAGUUGUCAGUAAGGACAUUUUCAUACGAUAAGUGAUAUAUACUUGUAGCAAGUAUUGGUCAGGAAUGUUUCCUCGGGUAACUACAAGUAGUUAAAAAUGAGCACCGAGUUCUGAUUCUGUUAAAGGGCGCCUUUUUGUGAAUGAAUACAUUUGCUCUAAGAUUCAUGCGCUUGAUUGGGAACAACGUUUACAUAACGUAGUGUUGGCCGUCGUCACGUCACCAUGCAUUUUUACAUUACUGUAACGUGACGAGACGCGACGUCUUCGUAAACGUUGUUCCCAAUCAAGUGCAUGGAUCCACUCUAAUAAAUUACUAUACGA